GCCAGCAGCAGCGGUGGUGGUGUGUCACCGAGGCGGCUGCUGCCGGAGACUUUCAGGAGGCAAAAGUGGCAUCGUAGCGGGGCUGAGGCGGCUGUUCCAGCGAGUUUCCAACCUGAAAUCCACUUCGGCUUGGAUCAUACGGCUCGUUCCGUCACUGCCACCCGUCCUCCUGAUGUCGGAUUUCAAGCUUGGGAUCGUCCGGCUCGGUCGUGUGGCCGGGAAGACAAAAUAUACACUGAUUGAUGAACAAGACAUACCGCUUGUGGAAAACUAUGCCUUUGAGGCACGCAUGGAGGUGGAUGCUGAUGGCAAUGGAGCUAAGAUCUUUGCGUACGCUUUUGACAUUGGCAAAGGCCGCUGGGCAGGACGGCCAUUGCAUGAGCUGCUAUGGGAGAAGCACAGAGGUGGCAUUGCUCCCAGUUUUCAAGUCAUACACAUCAACUCUGUGACCGUGGACAACAGACUAGACAACUUGCGGCUCGUGCCGGUGGGCUGGAGCCCCAAGCCAGAGGAGGUUUCCAGCAAGCAGAGAGAGCAGUCGCUAUACUGGUUGGCCAUCCAGCAGGUACCAGCCGAUCCUGUGGAGGAGCAAUAUCUGGAACUGAGCCGCACACGCUACUACAACGCUAAUGGAGAGCUAGUGGAGGAGGAGGAGUGCUCCUGCACCUACUAUGAGUGUCAUUACCCUCCUUGUUCACUCAUUGAGCGCAGGCUCCGGGAGUUCAACAUCUGCGGUCGUUGCCAGGUAGCACGCUACUGCGGCUCCCAGUGCCAGCAGAGGGACUGGCCCGCGCACAAGAAGCAGUGUCGUGAACGCAAGCGGGUGCUAGCCCUGGAGUCGGAGCCUGAACGAUGAUCUGCCCUCGUCCUUGCCUGUGUUGGGAGGAGGGGAGGAAGGUGUCAGGAUGAGACAUGUGGAAAGGGAGCGGGGUAUGAAGGGUGAACUGAGCACAUGACAGCGGACAAUGUCAGUGGGUUGAUGGGACAGACAAGAAAGCAAAAAGACUUCUACCACUUCCCAGAACUGCUAACUUGCAGCAGCUUGCUGUGGAUGAUGGGGGGGGGGGGAGGUAUUAUUUGUUUGUCGCUAUCUUUCUCGAGAGAAAUCUUCGAGUUCCACCUGCUGCUACGGUUUUGUACGCGAGAGGGGGAAGGUUGUCUUGUUGGACUAGACGAGCCUCAUUGGACCACAGCUGAAUGACUGUCACUUGCUCUUUCCUCCACCCAGCAGUUGGGUGUGAUGACGUGUGCGCACAAACAGGGACGCAUCGGACAGAUGCUACAGUGGGAUAUGGACCUUUGCACUGUAUCGCUCCGCCCUCUUUUUGACCUCUGGUGCACACAGCUGCUGUCGCCAACGUCAUUGACACUCUAGCACCCCGCCUGUCUGUUGUCCCCUCAGCCAACCACAACGCACAUCAAAUAGAGUUCACAGUUUGAAUCGCACUUAAAGUAUUGUGUGCUGCCGUUAAGUACUGAAGGACAUUGAAAUGGUUACCAUUGUUUGUGCAAAGGGAUAUUGUAUUUUUUUCUUCCUAAGUGGACAGUACGACUCAAUUCUUAAUUUCAUGUUAGUCACAAAUCCAGUGUAGACAUUCCCCUAUUCUAUUAUAAAAUAGCUGCCAAACACUUGUACUCGUAUAUAUGUGUUUCCUUGAAUAGGUAAUCUUGAUUUGACACCCCCGCCCCUUCUUUUUUUUUUAAAUUGGUGACAUCACAAGAAAUGCAGUGCUUUAUCUGGACACUUUCUAAAUUUUGGUUUGAAUUAUGUUAUUAGUAGUUUUAUUUUUUUUUUAUUAUUUUUUUUCCUCCUUAUUCCAUGAAUACUGGGUUAAGUCUCUUUCUCUUGCGGUCCUGCAAUUAUCUCCACAGAAAACAAAGCUUAAGUUAUGGAACCGAACAUUUGUUGUUGACAAUAGUUCAUUUUAUCAAGAUGCAAAUAUUACAGCCUUACCUUGUUCAUACAAAAAAAAAAAAAAAAUACAGUACCUCGUCUUUACCGAUGUCUGACUUUAGUUUUAAUCCCUCCGGUUUUGGUUUGCUGGAUUUCAGUAGAAAUUUUCCCCCACCUUUUGUAUUUUUCUUUUUCAUCAUUGGUGAGGAAUUGUUCUGUGUUGUCACUGUGCUCUAAGCUUUAUCACUGAAGCAGUUCUUACAGUGGACUUGUAUUUAUUUAAAGCAGGCUGUUGUUUGAUUGUGAGACAUGUUCUUGUCCUGUGAUAUUUGAACGUGACCUGACUGAAAGUGUGGGACUGUAAAGGGAUGUGCCUUUUUAUUAUUGAAGUGCAAAAAAGAUGGAGCCACUAAGUCCUACAUCUUGGCUUCAUGGCACUGUUUUGAAAUUGUGCAUGUUCAUUCAGUUGCAGGAAGAAAAAAAGCAAAGCCAUGGGGCCAAAACCCAGGUUUUGGUGGUGCUGUUUUGCACUUGCACAAUUGAAGGACCAUCGCGUUUUGGGUAAGAGGGGAUUAUCCGUUUUCCUUCCAGACUUUUCGUGAAACCGCCGCACACUGUUACUGUCGCAAAGCUCUUCCAGUUGACAGACAUCUUGGAGUGUAAAACUUGAAUUCCCCCUGCACACCUCUGGAAAACUUUAUUGUGAAUAGAGGUUUGAACUGAAGCGUUUUUCUAAAACAUGGCAGUCUGUUCUGUCAGAAUGAUUCUCAGUCCUUUGUUUUUCUUGUGUUGCUUAUUGUGUCCUCUUGUGUCUUCUAAGUGUCUCCAGACACUUAUUAAGCAUGUAAUUAACAGAUGUACAUGCAAAAUAUCGUUUAUUUUCUACGUAUGUGUGAGAACAGGUUUUCAACUCUGCACUAAAAACUUGGUUCCUGUGUUGGCAUCUUUGUCGUAUGGGGUGAUGGGAGGAGAUAUGAUCUGAGGGGCAUGUACAGAUUGUCUGAAAUCUUUUGUUUUGUAUGAAUACAAACAGUACUCACCAAGAAAUAAAGAGUUACAAUAUGUGGAUGGAAGUGCAGUUGGAUAA